AUGGGCUCGAUGGAGGAGAUGGCACCCAUUGACUCGAAGACCGCGGAGGGUCCAAGCGGUGGUAUUGCACCUCCGCCAGUUUCUCAGCGUGAGCUUCGGCAGCUCGGCUUGACGAAACUCUCUGAUGCAGAGGCAUUCGCCCAGCUUAUCUUCCACUUGGGCUGCGUGGCGGUUUGCGCAUUGGUGGUCAUGUGGGCAUACGAACGGGGACACUGGGGCUUGUUGCUGCUGGCCUACGUUCCCUAUGGCAUUAUAGAGUCUUUCCUCUUCAAUGGCUUUCAUGAGUGUGUCCACAACACUGCUUUUGAGACGAAAGCAUUAAACACAGUUUUUGCCCACUUGCUUGGGUUCGAGAAUUUCCGUGGAGCAAAGUGGUUCUGGUGCUUCCAUUGGUCGCACCACCGUUUUACAAACGACCCGGAUAAGGACCCCGAGCUCAGCGGAGAAAGCGUUGACUUGGACGAUCCCACGAAGUCGCUGACAGGAUACCUGCAAUUUGUGAGUGGCUACCCAUUUGGCUUCGAGCGGGUACUGCGCAUGGCUCGCACUGUCAUUUAUGAUGAGGUGGACCCAUGGGUUGCAGAGAAGCCAGUUGCUACACAGCAGUUCGUGCGCAUGGAGUCCGCCGCCUAUUUGUGCGGCUAUGCGCUGCUUGCGAUUGCAGGCCUUGUGUGGCCUCGCGCGGUAGGCUUGAAGCUUAUACUUCUCUGGCUUGUGCCACACUGCGUUGGUGCUGGGCACUUGCGGCUCUACCAGUUCGCAGAGCACAGGGCCUGCAAAAUGGGCCGGUACACUGACACUAAUGCUUGGAUUUGUGCAAGGACGACUUCGACCUGGUGGUUGUACAGGAAGCUUGCAUGGUACAUGCCUUUUCAUGUCGAGCAUCAUGCCUUUCCCAAUGUGCCCUUUCACAAGCUGGAGGCUGCGCAUGAGCUUGUCAAGGCCACCUACCAGAAACAGGGCCUCGAGAGCAUCCCAACUGGCUGUGAUCCACCUGGAUCUGAUGGCUACACUGGCCUCCACUGGAUCAUGUUCAGGCGAAUGCUCAACAACACCUUCUCCAAGGAGAAAGUUGCCAAGGCGGCUUGA